AUUCAUGUGAAGUACUCAUCAUUUAUCACAGUGAAUAUAAAUAUUAGUUCUUUUUUUUUUUUUCAUUGUGCACCCCUUUUAUUUCUUACCUUUCCUUUCACUCUUACAAUGUCAAAGAAAUUCACUAUUGAAGAAGUUGCAAAACAUAAACAAAAUGAUGACUGCUGGAUUAUUAUUCAUGAUAAAAUAUAUGAUAUUUCCAAAUUUUUAGAUGACCAUCCAGGAGGCAAAAAAGUCCUUUUGAAAGCAGCCGGUACAGAUGCUUCAAAACAAUUUGAUGCCUUUCACAGUCCUACUGUAUUAACAAAGAUUGCCUCUAAAUAUUUAAUCGGUGAAGUUGGAAAUGCAGACAGUGAUCCUGUUGAAACAGAUGAUGUAGUUGAUCAAAAUCCUCUUCAAGUUGGAGAAGUCUAUGGUGAUAUGGUUCCAUUUGGUGAUCCAAUGUGGUAUCAAGAUUGGUUUAGUCCUUAUUAUAAUGAUUCUCAUAGAGCUGUUCGAAAAGCGACUCGUGAGUUUGUUGAACGAGAAAUUAUGCCUUUUACUCAUGAAUGGGAUGAAGCCAAGGCAAUGCCUCGUGAAAUCUAUGUAAAGGCAGCCAAAGCUGGUAUACUUGCUUCUGCUGUUGGUCAUGUUGAUCCUGAAUAUAUUCCUUACGACUUACCUGGUGGUGUAAAGCCAGAAAAUUUUGAUGCUUUCCAUCAUAUUAUUGUUACUGAUGAAUUAUCUCGUUGUGCUUCUGGUGGUGUCACUUGGGGGCUUAUUGGUGGUCUUGGUAUAGGUCUUCCACCUGUUAUUCAUUUUGGUUCCAAAUAUUUGAAAGAUAAAGUCGUUAAGGAUUGUUUAGCAGGUACAAAAACUAUUUGUUUAGCUAUUACAGAACCAUCAGGUGGUUCUGAUGUUGCUGGUCUUCAAACAGAAGCCAAAGAUAUGGGUGAUCAUUAUGUUGUAAAUGGUGAAAAGAAAUGGAUUACGAAUGGUACCUUUGCCGAUUAUUUUACUGUAGCUGUUCGUACUGGUGAGCCAGGUUUCAAUGGUAUUUCCUUUUUACUUUUAGAACGUAAUAUGCCUGGUAUUACAACACGACAAAUGAAUUGUUCCGGAGUCUGGCCUUCAGGCACAGCUUAUAUUACACUUGAAGAUGUCAAAGUGCCCAAGGAGAAUUUGAUUGGUAAAGAAAAUAAGGGUUUUAAAUAUAUCAUGCAAAACUUCAAUUCAGAACGUAUGGGUAUUGUUAUUCAAGCAAAUCGGUUUGCUCGUGUCUGUGUAGAGGAAUCAUUAAAAUAUGCUCAUAAGCGCAAGACAUUUGGUAAACGAUUAGUAGAUCAUCCAGUCAUUCGUAAUAAACUUGCCCACAUGAUUAGGCAAGUGGAGUCUACUCAUGCCUGGAUGGAAUCCUUAGCUUAUCAAUCUAUGCAUAUACCUAUUGAAAUCCAAGCAAUUCGUUUAGGUGGUCCCAUUGCACUUUGUAAAGCUCAAAGUACACAAACGUUUGAAUACUGUGCUCGUGAAGCAGCCCAAAUCUUUGGUGGUUUAGCUUAUACUCGUGGAGGACAAGGUGAAAAAGUAGAGCGUUUGUAUCGUGAAGUACGUGCCUUUGCUAUUCCUGGUGGCUCUGAAGAAAUUAUGUUGGAUCUUGGUGUUCGUCAGGCAGUAAAGGUGGGUGCUUUUAUGGGUGCAAAGAUGUAGAAUAUAGAUGUAUGUUGAUUAUUUAUUUACAAGUGCAAUAACUUUCACUUAUUAUAAAACUUAAUUAUCUAUAAUAAAGUCGUUUUUUUUUUCUUUCUUUCA